GCCCAUGACUCACAUGAGGAAUCCAGCCGAGGAAGUCUUUUAGAAAGUUCUGAACAAGGUGCACAGCACCUGGGAUUUACUCAGACAAUUCUUAUAUCUUUUCCUUAUUUGGACUUUAACACAAACCAGUGUUUGCUUCAGAGCUGCUCUGUGAUUUUGCUUCGUUUGAGUCCAGCAGGUCGUAAUUAGCUGACAAUGUCGUGGGACUGUGGUCUCAAGUACAUGUUCUCUAUGCCCCCUGCACUGCAGCAGGGUAGCAAAUGCAUCCUGCAUGACAAGGAGGACCUGUCCAGACUUGAGAUGGUCCAGAGAUUGGCGAAGGACGGCUGCCGGUUCCUGCAAAACCACAGCCAGGGUCCAGAGAAGACAUCUCAGCCACAGAGUGACGAGGCAGUCCGCUUGUGCGUGAGGGAGCGGGGCCACGAUGUGCUCGUUCUCCGUCGGGUGUUGUCAGAGCAGCCAGCGCACGCUGCGUGGUCGAGGGGAGGAGGGAGGGAAGAGGCGAGGACCAGGAGGUUCGCGGUGGUGUCAGGGACCCCCGAGAAGAUCCUGGAGCAUCUGCUGGGUGACAUGACGCUGGAUGAUGACCGAGGGACCAUGCAGGGGAAAGAGUCAGAUAUGCUUCUGGAUGACUUUCUACUCACAUACCCAGUGUUCAUGUCAACCAGCGAUUUAUGCCAAGCUCUUCUGGGACACUAUUGCAACAAGCGGCACAAAAUUAAGGAGGACCUGAAAGAGGCUCUGGAGAGGAAACAGAAAGUCCUGCACCUGGUGUGGCACUGGAUGUCUCUCUGCAAGGAGUUCCUGAGAGAGGACGAACAUGUCAAAGUCUUCCUCAAGAGUUUGUACCGUUACGUGUUCGAUGAUCUUUAUGAGCACCCAGCCCUGGAGAAGGACGUGAUAGAGUUGCAGAAAUUCUACCACCUAAGACGCAGACACACUGUGGAUGAUGAUUCACCUCACACAAAUGGUAGAGCUCUUUCCCACCAAUUGAGCUUGAAAGAGAAUGGGCUCAGAUCCAGAAUCACACAAAGAGAGAACAAGGAAGUUCUCUGCCGCGUGUACGUCACGAUGGACUCGUAUCUUAGUGCGAAGGUCCACUGUGAGGUGGUUGCUCAGGAGCUGUUGCAGGCAGUGGCGGAAAGGAUGGAUGUUCCUGCAUCUGAACUGAUACUUGUGGCCAUUACUUAUCCUGGAGGUAGACUCCUCCUGCAGCCUCAGGACAGAGUUGUCUCCAAUUCUUUACGGCCCGUGGGGAGGCUCCAUGUGUGCAGGAAGGACCUCGGUGGAGUCCUGAACCCAUUUACAGAUAACUCUGAGUUGCAACAGAGGACAGCUCGCAUGUUGACUUUAAAUACAUGGGAUGUGGCUGUUGCACUCACCAACUUUGACUGGACAAUUUUCAACUCGAUGCACGAGCAGGAACUGAUCUACUUCACCUUCAACCGCCAUGUUUGCAGUAGCUACACAAUGCCAUUAGAGAUGCUACUGCAGCAAUGCAACGAAGUCCAGCUGUGGGUCAUGACUGAGGUGCUGCUGUGCCCAACGCUCUGCAAAAGGGUCCAGCUCAUCAAGAAGUUCAUCAAGAUUGCUGCUCACUGUAAAGCACAGAGGAACCUCAACAGCUUCUUUGCCAUCAUUAUGGGCCUGAAUGCUGGCGCUGUAAGCCGCCUCAGUCAGACGUGGGAGAAAAUUCCUGGUAAAUUUAAGAAGCUGUUUUCCGAGCUGGAGAUGGUCACAGAUCCCUCACUGAACCACAAGGCGUACAGGGACUCCUUCAAGAAGAUGAAGUCCCCCAAGAUCCCGUUUCUUCCUUUACUCUUGAAAGACAUCACAUUCAUCCAUGAAGGCAACAAAACAUUUCACGAUAAUCUGGUCAAUUUUGAGAAGUUGCACAUGAUAGCAGACAUGGCGAGACUCAUCCGAGAGUGUCAGCAAGACCAUGUGGGAAAUGGAAUUGCCCAAAAGAGCAGCUCAGAGGUUCGAGCCUACACCGAUUACCUUCAUGUCAUCGACAAUCAGCAGACUCUGUUCGAACUGUCACACAGACUGGAGCCUCGUGCGUAGACGGGAGCUUUUUCUAUUCUUUCCACUCUGCGGAAUUGCCAAGGAUCAACCGAUCACUGUCUCAGCUCCUAGUGCCCAAGACUGGGGUCAGCAAUCCCGGGAGGUAUGCACGUUUCUGACUCAAACACACAAGAUGGAGUAACUCAAUCAGGAGGCUGUCACCAGAGACCUAAACAAGCGGUGAAAGACACACGUGAGGAAGGCUGCAGAAACUGUUUGGAUCCACUACCUACGUGACUGAUUUCGUUCAACUAUUACUCAACGGGAAAGCUGCAGCGCCAGCGACUGAACUGCAGCAACAGCAGAAGCCUUGAGUGGCAGCCAUUUAUCAAGACGUCUUUAUGGGGUCCAAAGCUGCUGCUGUUUUUAUGAAGACCUGCAGAUGGCAGAAGUUAGCAAGGGAAAUUUUUCUUUUUCCAAUGGCACACUGCAACGAAUACUUCCAGUUGAUUAAUACUGUUCUGCUCUCAAGUGACUUUAAAUUGCAUUGAUGCUCAUGAUUCAUCAUUCAUACCCCAACAAAAUCAAUUAAAACUUUACAUACAGUGCUAAAAAAAAAAGGAGAUUUCUGCAUAUUUCUCAGGAUUAAAAGGGGACCUAUUAUGUUUGCUAUUAAAACGAGUUAGAAUAGGUCUAUGGGCUGUAAAAUAACAUGUUCAUUAAAUUUCUUGAUCAAAAUCACAGGAAAAUUAGACUUCACCUCCUGUUCUGCCUGUUAUGAGCUCCUUUCAGAAUGAUCUGGUUAAGGCUGUAAUUUUUGUAAUUUUUUUUUUUUUUUUUUCAGCAUUUGAACUGUUUCUAGAACAAAAAUGGCUAAAAACUUUGUAUAAUAGGUCCCCUUUAGCAUUUAUUUAGAACCAACGCUAAAAUUGAAAGUUCAAAAAAAGUUUGGAAAGGAAAAAUCCCCUGGAGCUCACAAUCAGUGAAUUUAAGAGACCUCAAUCAAAGAAGAGACGAAAAAAAGCUGACAAACUAAAUCAACAAACUGUGACAAAAGGGGGGAGGUUUUAGGUCAAGUGAACUGAAGGUCCAACUUUUAUCUUAGCUGAUUAAAAUCUAUUAAUAUUUAGAGCUGCUCAGUGUCUCAGGAGAAAGUAGCUUCAAAGCGAAGCUUGGAUUGUAGUACCCAUUUUAAUCUUUUGGAGGAACAAAAAAAGGAGGUAGACCCAAGGUUUGAAACCAGCCUUGAUUCAUCUCCUCUUAGCACAAGAACAGGAAGAAGCGCCUUACUUGGUCCUUCCUGGACCUCUGCGAGUGUGUGGUUUCAACACCGUCCCUCGGCUUGCCUGACAAGAGAUCCAAGGCACAAAUACAGUACUUGUUAAAAGACCAUACAACGACCACCUUUCCAAAGGACAAACCAUAAUAUAGCGAAACAUUCACAUGAAAGCAUAGGUUUUUACUUAGUGAACAAUGACAAGAAAAAUCAGUUGACAAAACCAAAUCUCCCAAAAGGUGUACAAGACCUCUCUGACUCUGCUGGGGGAAAAACCUUGAUUCAUUCUAAGGUUUGGUCACAGUCUUGGGACUCCACAUUCCCAGAUCAUGAAAGGUAAAGAGUCAUCUCCAGGAACUGCUCAAUCAAUCAGAGAAAUUCUUGAGGUAACAUGAGAGCUAAAUGAACUUGAACAGUUGAUUAAAAAAAAGUGGAUUCUUAUAUUUUUUUUCUAAAAAGCAGUCCUUUAUACUGACAGAGCAAACUUAUCAAAACUUCUGUUAUAUUAAAUCAUGACUGAGGAUGUUUUCACCUGACUAUUUUUCUACAACAUGUAAUCAUUCCGUUGAAUAAAAAGAGACAGCAAUUAUUGUUUAAAUGACAGCUAACCAUUAGUUUUUUUCCCUUCAAAUGUUUUAAACUGGCAAGAUUUGUGAGAGACUUUGCAUGUACAGGCAUUUAGAAAUGUUUUUUGACCAUCCCAAAAUCCAUACUGUAAAAAUUUAGAGACGCCUUACAGGGAGUAGGAGGUUAUCUUGAACAGACCCAGUGAGGACUUUUAAAGCGACCUGAAGAAAUGCAAUGCAACAUUAAUUUGCAUAGCACAUUUUAGCAAAAAGGCAAUUUAAGGUUUUGCUAGAUAAAAACAACUACUAAGAAACAUUUAAUUUUCUUCAAUGUCUUCAAGAUCAUCCAAAUCCUCAUGAUAACAUUUCCUGAGUAAAGAUUAAAAUUGAUCUAUAUUCCAGUUGUUGAUGAAUAGACUAUUAAAGCAGCACUCUAAUAGUUCAAAGGUGAAAUUUGAGGUGUUUGUAUUCUCUCAAAGUUAAAAAUAAAAUACAGCAUAAAGUUUAAAUGCAGCAGAAUAAAAUAGUUCCUGUGAUAAUUGUUAUUCACUAAAUCUGUUUAAAAAAUUAGUUUUAGAAGCUUUUAACACCUAAUGAAUGAGUUUUAUACUUAUUUUGAUGAGUUAGCUAAAGAUUAGGACAGACGGCAAGUUCCUCACACAUACUGCGUUUGCAAACACAACAAUCUAUUCUUGUAGUGAAAUAUUGCGACAGGAGUAAAGCUGUUCAGUUAACACACACAAAGAUGUCUGGUUGAGAUUGUAGAUGUUAUGACAAUGAUUGUUGAAUAUGUCAUUUUAAUAUUCCAGUUGUACAUUUUUUCAGUGCAUCAUCUUUCCUUGCAGUACUUUUGUUAUUGACGAGUUCCAUUUAUCAGAGGCUUUACUCAGUGCAGGCUGUAGUAGUGUACGAAUCGCAAAAAUGUAAAGUAUUCUGUAUUUUGCUAGCAUGUUAAACAUGUAGCUGCAUUUUACUGCUCUGAAAAAAAAAAACAUACCCCACAAAGUUGAAUUGGUGACAAUCAGUCAAAGGAGUCAGGAAUUGGCAUCAGCUUUUGGUUUGUGGUACCGGAAAAAACAAAGAAAUUAAUUAAAAACUAGUCAGAUUUCCUUUAUCUAAGAAAACAGAAGCUGCAGAGUGGCAAAGGACUGAAAUAUACACAAAACUAGAAAGCAAUAGCAAAAAUGAAAUGACAGCACUUCUGAAUUAAAACUGUAAAAUUUCUUCCUGUGCAAUGUUCAUUUUCAUUGCAGUGUACAAGUUUAAAGCAUAGUAAUGUGUUUUGCAGGGUAACUUCUGCAACAUUUGCUUAGUAUAGUUUAAGUUUCAAACCAGUGAUCAUUAUGAGAUAAAUCUGCUUUAUCAUUUUCCAAUUCUAAAUUUUUAUUCAACCAUGUACAGUUGAGUAUUUAUAAUGUGGAUACAUGCUCAAAUGCUGCACAUUGAUAUUUAAGUCUUCAUUUGUUCUACAGAUUUAAAAUUCAUCAUGCUUUUGUUUAAUCCUUUUUGUACGCUGCUCUACAUACGUGUCAAAUGAUGAACUGACCACCUCUGUCAACUGUGCAUGCAAUAAAACAUUUUCAUGCACCGA